AUGGGUUACUCAGGAAUAGAUAUUAAAGAAAUAAAUGUUAAAAGAAAGAAUAGUGUCUAUUUCGACAAUGUCGAUGUAUGUAACAUUUUAAAAGAAAAUAAUACUUAUAAGAAAAAAAAACAUAUUUCAAUUAAUAUAAAUAGAAAAUGUGCAAGUUAUAAUAAUAUUUAUUACGUCAAUAAUGAUCCAGAAUUAGGAAGAAAUAUAAACUACUAUCAAAAUAAAGACAAUAUGAAACCAAAACAUUUUUUCAAUUCUAAUAAAAAUGUAAAUAAUUCAAAUAAAUUAAAUAUUCAUGAUAACAAGAUAAAAAAUACACAAUCAUAUUCUUAUUAUGAGCCCUUGAGGUAUCCUGCAUUUAAAAUGUCCGACAAACUUAAAUCCGAAACAAAUGAAUUAAAGAAAGUGGACACAAAAAAAGAUGUCCUUAUGAAAGAUAUUCAACCUAAAAAUUAUAAAAUUAAUAAAAAUGAUGUUUUUGAUAAUAAUAUUAAUAAUGAUAGUAUUAAUAAUGAUAGUAUUAAUAAUGAUAAUAUUAAUAAUGAUAAUAUUAAUAAAUGCAUGUCGAAUCGUUCAACCAGUAACAAACACAUGAAUAGAAGAAAUAUGUGCAUUUCUCAUAACAAAUUAAAUAAAAAAGAAAAAAAUGUAAACGACAAAGCAGAACAAAAUGAAAACUCUAAAGAUGAUAAUAAACAGUGUGGUAAUCAUAUUCUAAAUAAUGUUAAAAAUAUAAAAAAAUGUAACGAUAUAACACCCUUGUUAUAUGAAGACAAUAAAAAGAAUAUAAAUAUUUAUAGUAAAAAUGUUAACUCCACAAAUAUUGAGCAUGAACAUGUUCAGGAAAAACCUGCACGUGUUCAUAAAAAAAAAAGAAAAAAAAAAGAAAAUAAGCUAGCUCGAAAUAAAAUAAAAAAUAAUGAUAAAAAUGAAGAAGUAGAACAAUCUAAUAUGAUAGAAAUGGGGAAAAUAAAUUAUGUAGAUGAUAAAAUAAAUGGAAAUGUUGAAGAAAAAGAAAAGAAAAAAAACAAAAACAAAAAUAAGGAUAAAGAAAAGGACAAAAAUAAAGAGAAGGAUAAGGAUAAGAAUAAGAAUAUUAAUAAAAAUAAUAGAAAAAAUAAUAGCAAAGAUAAGAAUAAAAAUGACGUAGUAGAAGACAAUAAAAAUAAACAUUGUUUUGAAAAAAAAGAAAAUAAUAUAAAUGAGAUACCUAAAGAGGUAGUAUAUAUUCCUAUGGAAGAACGAUUAAAAAGUAAUGUAUCUUCAAGUGAUGAAGAAAAUUUAUAUUAUGAAAAACCAUAUGAAGAAAUUGAGAAUUAUUUUGAAUUUAUUGAAAAUAAAAAUUUAAUAAAUCCAAGUGAUAUAACAAAUGAAGUAAAAUUUAUAUUACAUAUGACACUAUUAACAUUAUAUAAGGAUCAAAUUAAGCCAUCCUAUAGUAAAAUAAAGAAACGAUUAACAUGUUUUAAUGAGAAUUUGGAGAUAAAAUAUAACUUUUUAAAUAUAUAUGCUUCUUUACGUAAUGAAUAUAUAGUAGUUCGAACAAAAAGAAAUAAUAUUUUCGUUUUAUUAAGAGAAACUCCUAAAUGGUUUCUAGGAUGGGUUAAGACAAGAUGUUUUAAAAAUUCUUAUCCCAAAAAAGUAUGGAAGAAAUUAAUAGACUAUAUUUUAAAUAUGAAUAAAUCGAAUAUGAAUAAUAAUUUAUAUGUAUCUAUGUAUAUUCCUUUUAUUAAAAAUUUUUUUGAUAAAAGAUUUAUAUUUUAUUUAAAUGAAGAAAAUAAUGAAAAAAAUAAUGAAAAAAAUAAUGAAAAAAAUAAUGAAAAAAAUAAUGAAAAAAAUAAUGAGAAAAAUAAUGAGAAAAAUAAAUGCUUUGAAAAAAUAUAUAAUUUUUCUUUUUUAUCGUUUGAUAUGAAUAACGAACAAAAAAAAAAAAGGAACAGUUUCAAUGCAUUAUUCUAUAUAUAUAAUAUGUACUAUAAUAAUUUUUCUUAUUUCUCUCAGUGUAAUGAUUAUUAUAUAAAAAAUAUAGAAAAAAACUUUUUGCUAUAUUAUACGAAUAUAUUUUUUAAUUGUAAUAAAAAUGAUAUGAAUAUUAAUAAUUCAAAUAUUGAUUUAUCAAAGAAGAAUUAUUUAUAUGAAGACAAAAAUGAAAAUACCACUACUACUAAUAAUAAUAAUAAUAAUAUUGAUAAUAAUAAUAUUGAUGAUAAUAAUAUUGAUAAUAAUAAUAAUAAUUGUAAUAAUGAUACAAGUCUUUACAUAGAACACUUAUCUAGUGAAAAGAAAGAAAAUAUUUUACAAAUGGAUGAAAUAAUAAAAUAUGAUACUGCAAAAAAUUUAAUAAAUGAAGAAAACAAUAUGGAUACUACCAAUGUGUUAGAUAUAUUUGAUAAUGAUAUAUAUGAAGUUGCUGAUAUUUUAAAAAAAAAAAAUUUUCCUUUUUUCAAAGAUUAUUCAUUAGGCAAAAUAGCUCAUAUAAUUCAAUUAUGUUUAUAUAACGGUUUGUUAUUAGAAGAAAAUCAAAAAAUUAUUCCCACAUAUUCUUCAAAGAAUAUUAUAUCAUCCAUUUUUUAUAUAAAGAAGAAGAACAGUUAUUUAUAUGAUAAUUAUUCAAACUUAAAUAAAAAUAUGUAUUGUGAUGAUAAUAACAUUUCUACAUAUGGAUAUGAUUAUAAUGAAAAUAGAUCUGUUAAUAUAAUGACAAAAGAGUAUGAUAAUAGGAUGGAUUCAUUUUUAAAGGUUUAUGAGAACUUUUUAAAAAAUGAUGAAGGCUUAUUUUUUUCAAAAAAAAAUAAUAAUAAGAGUGAUGUAAAUAUAAGUAUUAAUAAGUAUACAAAAGAAUUACACAUUCCUGCUAUUACGAAUUUAGAAGAAGCCAAAUUUAAAAUAGAAUGUUUAUUAAGAAAUAGUCAUAAGAAAUGUAUAUAUUUACUUUUUUUUCGAGAAAAAUUCUUAAAAAAAUAUAAACAAAAUAUUAAUCCAUUAAUAUUUGGAUACAAUAGUUUAAUUGAAUUUCUAUUUUAUGGUUGUAGAGAAGUUUGUAAAAUAUUUAUUUUAAAUAAUAAUUUAUUAAUAGUUCAUUUAAGUUAUGAUAUAGCGAAACAUAUAAAUAAUAAUAAUAAUGAGAAAUUAAAAGUAAAAGAAAAAGAAAAGGAAAAUGUAAUAGAAGAAUUUUAUUAUUCAGAUUACUGUUAUAAUAAAACAGAAAAUAAUAAUAAUAAGUUUCAUAAUUCUUCAUUAGAAAUAUGUACUAUUAUGAAAGAAAAUGCAAAAAAAAAAAAUUCUUUUUUUAUUACUUAUUCAUAUUGGAAAUAUAUGAGCAAAAAGGAAAAAAAAAAAAAAGAUAUAUUAGAUAGUGUAUCUUUUUUAAAUGGAAAACAAAAUUAUAUUUUUUCAGAUGAUAUAUUAAAAAUAAAGAAAUGUUCUUUUAUUCAAACAAAUCCUAUGAAACAAAGUGAGAAGGAUAUUCCCUUAUAUUACAUAAAUAUGAAAAAAAUAAAUACGGGCAUAUUUAAUAUGCCCAAUUUGGUACAAACAAAUAAUUACGAUAUUGAAUUUUUAAGUACCUGUUAA